UUGGCAGUAUUUGUUCCCGUGGCCGCAGCUUUGGUUCGUCUAUCUUAUAAUUCAAAGUUUGGUGCAAAAACUAGUUUAUUAGAUAGACGAUAUUUGUGUUUUGUGAGUGUGGAUCGCAGAACAGUAACUAAAACUAACUAGAUUUGUAACUGAAGGAACUGAUGUUCGGCUAAGAAUUAUGUCGGAUAUUGGUGCAGGAUUACGAUCGGUCACACGUCAAGUCAGCUGACAUAUUGCGCCCUGCUACACCGCAACAGCUCUUGCUUGGUUCUUGAUUCGUUCCAUUCGCUUUGCACUCUUCUCUUAAUCCUUUAUCUUGGCGUUUCUCUUCAUAAAAAGAUGUCCGACGCAACGUAGAAUACAUAUUAUAUGGAAUAAAGGAAACAACGCAAUUUCUAACUAGGUUCCUCAGAUUGAAGUAAUAUCGAGCGCUCGAGCGCGAAGUUGCAUACAAAGAGCAAGAAAGAGAGAGAACGAGAAGGAAAGAAAGGAAGAGAGAAAGAGUUAUUUGGUAACAUUUCGUUUUAGUUGUGGAGAGAGAGAAGGGUCUUAAGAGACAAAGCGAACGCGCGCAUCGAGAGUGGCCAAAGCGAGAAUUGCGCCGCCGAGAAUUACAAAGCACAAGUCAGAAGGGAAGAGAGCUCUCCCGACCGACGGUCGACUAUCGGUCGUAACUGCACGUCAUCUAACGUGUCUUAACACGAUAAGGAUAGACGAAGAACCUACUUAAAUGCCUCGAACGAAUUCUUACUCCAUGUUGUGCGUUGGUUGCGACACGACUGCGUGUUGGAAAGUGAAUGUAUGGUGACACACGGUCGUGAAGGAACAACUGGAGAGCGAGCUGUGGCAAGACAAGAUUAAUUAUCUCCUACUUAGUUGAUUGCAACUUGCUCGAUAUUCUUUCGAGUAAUUGCAAAUAGGAUAAAAAUAAGAACUUGUUCAAUCAUUGAGGUUCUAUUGAGAUAAACAAAGAAAAUGGAGCGAGAAUCUAAUCCUAUGCAAGCUCUAUGUCGCAGCGGUUGUGGAUUUUAUGGCUCUCCAGCCACAGAUGGCCUUUGUUCUCUUUGUUAUAAAGAAAAUCUAAAAAAGAAGCAGCAACCUCCUGUAUCAGCUGCCACUGUACCAACAUCACAGACCGUCUCUGGUAACGCUGGUACGUUGCAGGGCGGUUUCGGUAGUCCUGCAGCUACAGGAAAUACAGCCCAACCUACCAUUCCUACCAUACCUCAAUCAACAACAGAUCUACCCAAUCCCAAAGAAAUAAAUAGGGAGGAUCAAGAAAAUGAAGUAGGUGUAAGCAGUGGAGCGGUAGCAGAAGGAUCUGUGAGUAGUGGGGAUGCAGAUGAUUGCUUUGAUGGCAAAGAGACUGACAAAGAAUCUAAGAAGAAGAAAAAUCGUUGCGCCGUGUGUCGCAAAAAAGUUGGUCUGACGGGAUUUGAAUGUCGUUGUGGAGGACUGUUCUGCUCUGUGCAUCGAUACAGUGACAAGCACGAUUGCAAAUUUGAUUAUAGAGAAAUGGGCGCUCAAGAGAUUCGGCGCAACAAUCCAGUUGUUGUUGGUGAAAAAGUGCAAAAAAUUUGAACUAUUUAGUGCGUAGAUCGUUGGGAAAAUGGUUAUAUAACUAUAUAAACAAAACAGAAUAUAAAACAAAAAAAACGGAGAAAAUCGAGAUAAAUUAUCUGGCAGCUGAUUGCACGUCGAGGGGCGAGACGGAUGAAUGUAAGGAUUGUGAACGAAAGGAAAUAGGAAAUUAGUAUGAAAGAGUAUGAGAGUAAGAGAGAGAAAGAAACUGUAGUAAAUGUGUUAGAACAGUUAAGAAUGAAAGUAUGAAUUUAUGCGAGAGAGAUAGAAAAGAAAAACAUGAGAGAAUGAAAAUUUAAAAAAAAAAAAUUGGUUUGUACAUGAUAUGCAAAUAUAUAGGAUCGCCGAAAGUAUAGACGAAAUUUUCCGAAGGAAGAAUGAAACAUAAAUAGAAAAGAAAGAUUAAAACGAAAAGCAAAAAAAGAAAAACAAACAAAGAAAUAGAAAUUAGAGUGCGUGCCGCGUGUACGAAUGCUUUGAGAAAAUUUUGGAUGUUAGUGCCAUGUCAGAUUGUCAUCUAAGCGAGAGUUUUAAUCGAGAAUAUAUUUGGUUCUAACUGCUGCCAGUUUACUUAUUACCUUAUUAUUAUCUAUUACAAUUUAUUAUUAUUUUAUCUUAUGUUUAUUAAUUUACUUAAAAAAGAAAUGCAAAAUUCGUGUAUGGAAGUGUUUGUUUUUUCUUUUUUUUUUCUUUUUUCUUUCUUCUUUUUUUUUUUUAGAUUUAGCUUUAGGAAUAAAAAAUAUGAGAAUUCUUGGUGCAGUCUUGGUCGGUCAUGUUCUGAGACGUUCAUCGGGAGUUCCGGGUUUUUGAAUCAAGAGAGAGAGCGAACGAAAGAGAGGAACAAAGAAAAUUUUUUAUAUGUAUAUAAUCUAUUUCUCUCUCUCUGUUUCGUUCGUAAUAUCUAAAAAGAAAGAAGGAAUGUUGCUUAGGUAGUGGCUGACGUUGAUGGGUGAUCACAAUCCUAGGUUAAUAAUUAGUCUAAUAAUUAUUAAGUAUAUUAGUCUAUUGAUUCAUAAAUAAUGCAAUGAAGUAUAAGUAGUACUGUGUGUUUAUGUCCAAUUUCACGUGAAUAUAACCAAGCAUUAUUCCUUAUUAAAUAUGUUUCAAACUAUAUCGCAAAUCAAUUAUUUAUGCCAUGUGUUUAUGAAUCAUCACAAAAAAAAGAAAAAAAACAAAAUAGAGAUGUAAUAUUCAUCUGAUCAUCAGAAUGAUAUUUCCAAAAUAAAAUUAGGUUGUGUCACGUGAUUCAUUCAAUCGGUUUUCUUAUUUUUUUUUCUAAUCUUCUAAAUAAAAUUUGUUAUAUUGGUGCUAAAAUACACUUUGUAUGAUGAAACGUCUAAAGAUCAGCCAGAUACAAAAACAAAAGAAAAAUAAUAACAAAUGAGAGGCCCCUCGACGAAGGGACGACUAUCGGCCCUGUUAUAUCAAUUUAUAAAAAGAAUAUUUCUCCGUUCAUCUUAACCAUUUCCUUCCGUGUUGCAAUACUUUUUAAUAAAACAAAAAAAAAAUCAUAAAAAAGGAAAACAUAUAAAAGAUAUAAGUUUCAAUCUUUUGUUCAGCGUGUCUCUGACUCUUCUUAGACUAGAUCGUAGUUGAGAAAGAGAAAAAGAAGUAGGUAUUGAGUUUUAUGUCGCUUCUAUUAAAAAAACUCAAAAACAUAUUGUUGUACGAAGCAAUUUGUUGUAAAAAAAAAAAAAAAGAAAAAGGAAAAAAAACAAGGAAAAUAACAAUUGUCCUUGUUGCUUCGUGAAUUUUCAGAAUUGCUUUUCCCGCGUAUCGUUGUCUUUUUUGUGAAAAAUCGAUAGUCGUCACAUUGGGUCUUUUAUGAUUUUAAAGACAAGCGAGAAGAGAGAGAGAGAGAGAGAGAGAGAGAGAGAGAGAGAGAGAGAGAGAGAGAGAGAGAGAGAGAGAGAGAGAGAGAAUGAACGGAUGAACGAACGAAUGAACGAAUGAACGGAUGAACGAACGAAUGAACGAAUGAACGAAUGAACAAACGAAUGAACAAAUGAAUGAAUGAAUGAAUGAAAACAUGGAAAGAAAGAGAGACAGACGAAAACCACACUGUGUAUCAUACCACCAUGUUUUUGCUGUCUUUAAAAAUAAUUGUUUCAUUGUUUUUCUUUGUUUUCUUUCUAAUCGAUUAUCGAUCCUUCGUCCUUUGAAGUUUUGCGUGAUAGCCGAUAUAGCGAUAAAGAAAAACUAUCGAAACGAAAAAUUAUGAAAUACAAAGAAAGAAGAAAUCCUUGUAUUAAUUACGUUAAUAGAAUAAAGUGAAUCGUUCUUAAUUUCA